AUGAAGUACCUUCUUCUUCUCAUUCUUUCCUGUCUUCUGCUUCUCACAGAGACAGCCCUAGCCUCGAACACGGCAGGCCCCGCAGAGACUUUAUUCUUCUACAAUGCGUACCUGAUCGAGUUCAAAACCGUGAGCAACCCGAAAAGGCGAAAGCUUGCAAAAGGGUGUCCAGCGGCACAAGUCGAUGCUCCCUGCACUUACCCAGAAUUCCUGGAGUACGUUCUGGAAACUAGGCUGAAAUCCCAAGUCCAUAAAACAAAAUUCCAGAACAUCAUCAAUAAUGCUGGUACUGCUGGAAUCACAGAGACUUCCAGAAAAUUGAGGGAGAACGGUUUCAAAUGCAAGUAUGAUCUUGCUCAUCUUGUAGAGGGCAUAGGGAAGGUGCCCUUUUCAAAAGUGUUUGAAGCCGUUGAAGAACAGAUCAAAGAAAAAUUAUCCUUUUCCAGCGUCGAGAGCGAAAAGAACAACAUAAAGACUGCGCUGAAGCUCGUCGAGCAAAACCGGGUUGCUGAUAACAUGAGAUGGUUCAAUGAAGAGCUCGAAAAGCGGAUGGGCGUCGAAUACGUCAAGAGCCCACGAACCACGGAUGAUGGGCGCGUAUGGCAAGCCUACGACACUGAAGCGACAGGAAAAAAGUAUCCGGAUUACGAUAAAUUUUCAGACAAGACAAAAGAGGCUGUGAAAGAAAUGCGAGACGCAAAGUUUGUGGCCGACGACAAAGGGUUCGCACCGCAUCAGGCUGUGGUUGUGAAAGUCAAAGAUAUCCUGAAGCGCGUCAAUAAGUGCUGA